CCAUCGACAUGCAGGACGUGACGGCGGAGGUGUCCUCGCCCUCCGGCGCCGUUCGGCCCGCCGAGCUGGUCGCCGCCGGCAACGACGCCUACUGCGUGCGGUUCGUUCCCACGGAGACGGGCACGCACAGCGUCAGCGUGCGCUACAGGGGCGUGCACGUGCCGGGCAGCCCCUUCCAGUUCACCGUGGGGCCCCUGGGGGAGGGCGGCGCCGCCAAAGUGAGGGCCGGCGGCCCGGGGCUGGAGGGAGCCCUCGCCGGAGAGCCAGCUGAGUUCAGCAUCUGGACGCGGGAGGCGGGGGCGGGCGGCCUGUCCAUCGCGGUGGAGGGACCGAGCCGCGCAGAGAUCGCCUUCGACGACCGCAAGGACGGCUCCUGCGGACACAUCCCCGACAGCCCCUACCUGGUUCCCGUGGUUGCCCCCGCCGACGACGCCCGCCGCCUCACUGUUGCCGGCCUUCAGGAGUCCGGCCUUAAGGCGAACCACCCGGCGUCCUUUGCGGUGCGUCUAAACGGAGCUCAGGGCAAGAUGGAGGCCCAGGUGCGCAGCCCUUCUGGAGCUCUGGAGAAGUGCGUCGUCUCGGAGAUUGAAAGAGACAAGUACGCCAUCCGCUUCAUCCCCCGGGAGAACGGCGUCCACACCAUCGACGUGAAAUUCAACGGCGCCCACAUCCCCGGAAGUCCUUUCCAGGUCCGCGUGGGAGAGGCGGGGCAGAGCGGGGAGCCGUCUCUGGUUUCAGCCUACGGAGCCGGACUGGAGAGGGGCUCCACCGGCGCCCAGUCGGAGUUCAUCAUCAACAACACCAAAGCGGGCCCGGGGGCUUUGGCCGUGACCAUCGAGGGCCCCUCGAAGGUGAAGAUGGACUGCCAGGAGGUCCCCGAGGGCUACAGGGUGCACUACACCCCCAUGGCGCCCGGCAGCUACCUGAUCAGCAUCAAAUACGGGGGGCCCAGCCACAUCACCGGCAGCCCCUUCAAGGCCAGAGUCACAGGUUCCCGGCUGGUCAGCGUGACCAACGCCAGCGAGACGUCCACCCUGACGCUGGACCCGGCGGUUAAGGCUCUGGGCGGCGCCCCCCCGCCCAGAGCCGAGUCCUCAGACGCCAGCAUGGUGACCUGCCGCGGGCCGGGCCUCAGCAGGGCCUACGUGGGACAGAGGGGGAGCUUCUCAGUGGACUGCAGCAAAGCGGGUAAAAACAUGCUGAUGGUGAGCGUGCACGGCCCCCACAUCCCCUGUGAGGAGGUCCUGGUCAAACACAUGGGCAGCCUGCAGUACAACGUCAGCUACCUGCUGAAGGAGCGGGGCGACUACAUCCUGGUGGUCAAGUGGGGCGAUGACCACAUCCCGGGGUCCCCGUUCAACAUCACCGUCCCC